CUGAACGCACCGCACCCCAACUACAACUCUGCAAACCGAGAAAACAUGCUGUUCGUGAACAUCCCGCCUCCCAGAGCUUUGCAUACGAAACUUGGGACCGACCGAUGCCUGAGAUCUAAAAGCAGCCACAGCAGGACCAUACAGACAACUAUCUCCAAGCAGAUCUUGAUAAUGUCCUGUACAGCUGCUGGGAAAGGCCUGCUCUACAUGACUGCCCUCCCAGUGGUCUCCAGCUGUACUGAAGCCACCCUCCUACUAUGCUCAUUUGCCUUAUUUAGGACCUGUGGCUCCAAAAGGAGCUGCAGCACCAUAUGGCAUCAGUUGAGACUGAUGAGGGUCUACGGUGGAUCCUUACACCAGCAGCGGCUGUGA